CCUUGGUGAAUAACGGGGCUGAAGAGAAAGAGGAAACCGCGCCGAGGGUGGAGAAAGGAGUUGUGUUUGGCGGCUUCUCUCAGGAUAGAGCUAAGGCAGCGCGCGCAGCAACAGGCUGCCGCCUGGCCUGGGAGGGCGCUGCGUGCAACACAUCCAGGUAAAAAGGACGAGGCUCGGGAACAAAUCAGAGACCGGCGGGGAAAGGAUAAGGCAAGAGCCGCCCUCCGGUGCUUGCACUCAACUUCAUUUGCACUCCGAGAGCAAGGAGGAGAGAGGGGGGCGGCGCGCGCGCUGCAGUUCUCCGCUCCUGGCUACCAAGUUGGGUCCGCCGCUGCCGCAGCAGUUUGCAAGCGAUCGCCCAGCAGCCCGAAGCUUCCAGCCGCGGCUGGCGUCAACAUCCACCGCCGAGGGAGCCCCGGGCAGGGGGCUUGUGUUGCGGAAGAGGCAAGCGAGGCGAGAGCGCGGCAGGAAUCGGCAACUCCCCCUCGCCGCGCUUGUGUGUCUGGCUGGCGGCGCUCUUGGAGCAGCUGCGACGGCAGGACGCGGAAAGCUCUCGGCGUUAGUGGGACGCAGGAUUACUGGUCGAACAUUUUGUGAAGACCGCGGCUCCAGGCUCCGCCAGGAGAAUGCCUUCGAGGAGCCCUCACUUCGCCAGCCACCGAGAGCCCACCUGGCUCAAUUGUGGAUGAUGAACGGCUUUCAGCAGAAGAGAUGGAUGAAAGACGCCGUCAGAAUAUUGCCUAUGAGUACUUAUGUCACCUAGAAGAAGCGAAAAGGUGGAUAGAAGUCUGUUUAAAUGAAGAGCUGCCACCCACAACUGAAUUGGAGGAAGGAUUAAGAAAUGGUGUUUACCUUGCCAAAUUAGCAAAGUUUUUUGCACCAAAGUUGGUCUCAGACAAGAAGAUCUAUGAUGUGGAGCAAACACGUUAUAAGCGAUCAGGUCUUCAUUUCCGACACACAGAUAAUACAGUGCAGUGGCUACGAGCAAUGGAAUCCAUUGGAUUACCUAAAAUCUUUUAUCCAGAAACCACAGAUGUCUAUGAUAGAAAGAACAUACCUCGGAUGAUAUAUUGCAUACAUGCACUAAGUCUGUAUUUGUUUAAACUGGGAAUUGCUCCUCAAAUCCAGGAUUUGCUGGGGAAAGUUGACUUUACAGAGGAAGAAAUCAGUAACAUGCGGAAGGAACUGGAGAAGUAUGGCAUACAGAUGCCCUCUUUUAGUAAAAUUGGAGGGAUCCUUGCUAGUGAACUUUCUGUGGAUGAAGCUGCAUUGCAUGCUGCAGUAAUUGCAAUUAAUGAAGCCAUUGAAAAGGGAGUUGCAAAUCAAACUAUCAUAACUUUGAAAAAUCCCAAUGCCAUGUUGGUCAGUGUGGAAGAAGAUCUUGCCAAUGCAUAUCAAAAGGAACUUUCUGAAGCUAAAAAGAGAAAAGAAGAGAAUUCAAGACUUAAGAAUGGUUCAAUUUUGGAGGAAGAAAGAGAUGUAUACGAAGAGUUGCUGACACAAGCUGAGAUUCAAGGAAACAUCAAUAAGGUCAACAAACUUAUAGCAGUUGAUCACAUCAAUACUGCUAUUCGUAACUGCGACCCUAAUAAAACAAUUGCUGCUCUUAUGAAACCUGAGGCCCAGCUGCCAGAAGUUUACCCAUCUGCUGCUACUGUGUACCAGACAGAGCUCUUCAAUCUACAACAACAGAAUGCUGUGAACUACCUGGCUCAUGAUGAACUUUCUAUUGCGGUGGAGAUGCUAUCAGCUGUGGUACUACUUAACCAAUCUUUGGAAAGCAAGAAUGUUGCAGCGACAAAAACUCACCUCAGCAAUCCAGCCAUUGGGUUUAAUAACCUGGAAGAAGAGCAUUUACAACGCUAUGCUGAUACUCUGAUGACUAUGAAGUUAGAAGCUUCAUCUCAAGGACAAGAAUAUUUAAGCUGGAAUGAUAUCCAAAACUGCAUCGACAUGGUUAAUAUGCAAAUACAAGAGGAAAAUGACAGGACUGUAGCAGUUGGUCUCAUUAAUGAAGCCAUUGAUCAUGGAGAUCCUACAAAAACACUAGAAGCACUAUUGCUACCUGCAGUGAAGCUCCAAAAUGUGAGAACAGCAAAUGCUUGGCAUUACCAAGAUGUACUCAAGAAUGCAAAAACACUCAAAUGUCAGGAAUCUCAGGAUGAUUCAUCACUCCUGGGCCUUGAUGAAAUACAAAAAGAAAUUGAUAAUUCCAACAGGAACUUGGAAGAUGCCUCAAAAUUGGCCACUGGCACUACAAUGAUAAACCAGUGUUUGGAAAAUGGAGAUUCUGCACAGAUUGUAGCCAUAUUACAGUCUCCUAACUUCAAUUUAAGAGCUGUCCCAGAGUGUGCUGAAAUCUACUACAAUAGACUACUGGAAGACAAGAGCCUGAAACCCAAAGAUCCCGAUGAAGGCCCAUGGAUCAAAUCUUCAAUACAAGGCGUGUAUGAUUAUUACUUUAAUGUGGAAACAGGAGAGGAUACAUGCGUUGCCCCUGAAGGAAUUGUGCCAAAAACGUCUUGGCUGACCGAUGAAGAGAUCCAGAAUAUUGUUAGCCAGAUUACAUCUGAUUACAACAGAGAACAGCUGUGGUUUGCAAAUGAGGACCUGAUCAUUCAACUGCAAGCUCAAGCAAGGGGAUUCCUAGUAAGGAAAAAAUAUAAGGAAAGAAAGGAAUACAUUCAAAGCCAGGAGCCAUCUGUGAUAAAAAUACAGGCAUCCUGGAAAGGAUAUAAGCAAAGGAAAGCCUACUCUGAAAGACUUGAGGUGCUUCAAAAGAAUGUUGCCUCUAUCAUCAAGAUUCAGUCAUGGGUCAAAAUGUGGUUAGCAAGAAGAGCAUAUAGAAAACGACUGCAGUACUUCAAAGAUCAUAAUGAAGAAAUUGUGAAAAUUCAAGCCUUUAUUAAAGCAAACAAAGCUAGGGAAGAUUAUAGAACAUUGACUGGUUCUGAAAAUCCACCUUUGAAUGUCCUCCGCAAAUUUGCUUAUCUCAUGGAUCAGAGUGAUUUAGACUUUCAAGAAGAACUGGAAGUCACACGGUUGAGGGAAGAGGUGGUCACAAAUAUCAGAUCUAGUCAACAGCUGGAGAAGGAUCUAAACCUGAUGGAUAUCAAAAUCGGGCUGUUGGUGAAAAACAGAAUUACUCUGCAGGAUGUCGUGUCACACAGCAAGAAGCUGGACAAAAAGAACAAAAAUCGAGCAGAAGAGAUGGUGACUGGGGAGAAGCAGGGCAUCAAAGGAUUGAGCAAAGAGAGGAGGAAGAAGUUGGAAGCCUAUCAGCACUUGUUUUACCUUCUCCAAACCAACCCAACUUACCUGGCAAAGCUGAUUUUCCAGAUGCCCCAGAAUAAAUCCACCAAGUUUAUGGACACAGUUAUCUUCACACUGUACAACUAUGCAUCUAACCAGCGAGAAGAAUACUUGCUACUGAAGCUCUUCAAAACUGCUCUAGAAGAAGAAAUAAAUUCCAAAGUAGACCAGAUUCAAGAUAUUGUCACUGGAAAUCCUACAGUCAUCAAGAUGGUUGUAAGCUUUAAUCGGAGUACCAGAGGACAGAACACUCUGCGACAUCUUUUGGCACCAGUGGUGAAAGAUAUAAUGGAUGACAAAUCCUUAGCUAUCAACACAAGUCCUGUGGAAGUUUACAAGGCAUGGGUAAACCAAUUAGAAAUGCAAACUGGAGAAGCCAGCAAAUUACCUUAUGAUGUAACAACAGAACAAGCAUUGAUGCAUCCUGAAGUAGUGAAUCGACUGGAGUCCUCAAUUCAGAGCCUCAUAGCAGUAACUGAUAAAGUUCUCGCUUCCAUAUUUUCUUCUCUGAACUUAAUGCCUUAUGGAAUGAGAUAUAUAGCCAAAGUUCUGAAGAACUCGCUGCAUGAGAAAUUCCCAGAUGCAACAGAAGAUGAGCUAUUAAAGAUUAUUGGGAAUCUCCUUUACUACCGGUACAUGAACCCAGCCAUUGUUGCCCCUGAUGGUUUUGACAUCAUUGACAUGACAGCUGGAGGCCAGAUCCACCCUGAUCAGAGGAGAAAUUUAGGUUGUGUGGCCAAAGUUCUACAGCAUGCAGCCUCAAACAAUCUCUUUGAAGGAGAAAACGCACAUCUUUCAUCCAUGAACAGUUACCUCUCUGAGACAUAUGAGAAAUUCAGGAAUUUUUUUCAGACAGCAUGUAUUGUUCCUGAACCUGAAGAAAAAUUCAACAUUGAUGAAUACUCUGACAUGGUGACACUCAGCAAGCCAGUUAUAUAUAUCUCUAUUGAAGAGAUUAUCAACACUCAUUCAUUAUUGCUGGAGCACCAGGAUGCCAUUGCUCCUGAUCCAAAAGAUGUCUUAAACGAACUUCUGACUGGGCUGGGGGAAGUUCCUGAUGUGGAGACUUUCCUUGGCGAAGGAGCUGUUGAUCCCAAUGACUCUAACAAAGAGAAUACAUUAAGUCAGCUUAUAAAGACAGAAAUUUCUCUUUCACUGACAAGGAAAUUUGACUUACGGGAAGGUGAAGAACAGGACAUCAAAGGCCUGAUGAUGAAGACCAAAAGACUUAUUGUUGAUGUGAUACGAGCUCAGCCAGGAGAGACACUUGCAAAAAUCUUGGAAACGCCUGCAACUGUACAUCAGGAAGCUGAACACGAAAAAAUAGUGGAAAAACGUGUAAUCUUGGAUUCUAAAACACCAGAGAAAAUGAAACACAGUAGAUCUAUUCUCGAAGAAGGGCAGCUACCAUUAGAACAAAAGAAAAGGAAAAUCCAGAGGAACCUUAGGACACUGGAACAGGCUGGACUGGUUUCAUCUGAAAAUAAAUACCAGGAAAUCAUCAAUGAAAUUGCAAAGGAUAUUAGAAAUCAAAGAAGAUACAGACAACAUCGAAAAGCAGAGUUGGUAAAACUCCAACAGACGUUGAAUGCACUCAAUUCCAAGAAAGCUUUCUAUGAAGAUCAAGUAAAUUAUUACAACACCUACAUUAAAACCUGUUUAGAUAAUUUAACAAGGAAAAAUUCACGGCGGUCAAUCAAAUUAAGUGGAAAGGCGGAAGAGAAGGGAAACAAACUUAAGAACAUUUCACUGAAAUAUACAGCAGCAAGGCUGCAUGAAAAGGGGGUUAUACUAGGAAUUGAUGAAGUCCAGCCGAAUCAAUUUAAGAAUGUCACUUUCGAUAUUACGCCUGGUGAAGAAGUAGGUGAUUUUGAUAUCAAAGCAAAGUUCUUGGGAGUGGACAUGGAUAAGGUACAGCUCCAUUUUCAGGAUUUGCUUCAAAUGCAGUACGAAGGUGUCUCUGUAAUGAAAAUGUUUGAUAGAGCUAAAGUGAAUGUAAACCUUCUCAUAUUCCUCCUGAACAAAAAAUUCUAUGGAAAAUAAAGCCGGAUGGGAACUUGGACUCAUCUUCAAAUCAAAUCAAGGAUCCCAGUUUGGGGUCUCUGCUUUUUAACCAUUCAAAGCUAUUAUACAGCAGAUGUUUUCUUCAAGGAAGUCCAGAGGAAUGUACUUAUGUGCCUUUUUAGUCCUUUGAUAAUACAGUAGGAAAAUAAGAACAUUCAAAUCAACCUAAAUAAUUCCUGAUUUCUCACUGGUGUUGGUACUGUAUUUAAAAGAAUCUGAUUUAGUGGCAUCCAAACAUUGCAUGUCUGAUUUUUUAAAAAAAGUAUGCAAGACACUUAUUUGAACAGAAUAUUUAGAAAUCAUUUUCCACUAAAAUAUAUCCCAAAUAUAGCUUUCCUUAGACAAUUACUCGUAGAGAAAAAUCCUGAUUGUGUCUCUAAAUAUUUUGGCAAAUAUUUCGCUUAAAUGCGGACUGCUUUUUUCCAGAAACCUGUCAAUUGUAAAGUGAAUUAUUGUGCAAUUCAAAGUUUUAUAGGUAAUUAUAAAUUUAACAUUUACUGUAUAAAAAUAUAUAUUUUGCAAUUCAUUCCUACUAAAAAUGCACUACUGCCUCAAUAAAAUCAUCUAUAUACAACCUUUUAAUUUAAGUGUAAAGGGGCAAUUUAAAUAGUGAUCAGUUUUUUGCAAUGUAUUUGACGUAUUUUGGAGAAAUAAAUUGUGUCUGUCUUUUUGUAAGAAAAGAGGGGGUAAAAUCCAUAAAUAAAAUGCAAUAAAUCAGCAUCUACUUUAUUUUAAA